UAAGGUGACAAACUUUUUGUUAGAUAACUUUACAUUGUGUUCAAUUCUUUGUUAUUGUUGCUUCAAGUGCGCCAAGUAAACCAAGUUUUCCUCGUGUCUCGUGUGUUGUGUUUUGUAUCAAGCCAGUCUUCUUGUUGUGUAUAUAAAUCGUAUAAAUAAUGGAGAACGUUACUCACUUGUGGAAUGUAACAAGUUUUUUAAUGAAAUUCAAUGACAAAAGUAUUAACAAUUUACGUAAUUAUUAUGUAAAUUGCUGUCGACAACAAGAAAGAUUCUUCGAUCUGCCAAACAACUGCUUUGGACCCUCAGUAAUGUGCAGUCACUGCGGUUCAUUUUGGUCGAAAGUAAAGCACAAAAAUCGUCUACUACCGAGUAAAUUACCAAAAAAGAAUCUCAAACUCGAUGCAAAUGACAAUAGUUCAUCAAAAUUUCGCUCAUCACUCGCACGUAAAUGCCAACGUGGAAAAAUGAAUAAACUGCAAAUAAAAUGUUCCGUCUGCUCAAAAUAUACAACCAUACCUCGCAAUAAACCAAUUAAAAUUAAAUCUCCAUCCAAAGUCGAUUUAAAUACCACGGAAAUUUUACAAUCCGGCAAGAAAAAAAAGAAGCGCACCAAGGAUAAGACAGCCGGUUUAAAUAUAUCAUUGUCCGAUUCAUUUAAUUCAGCAUCGCCGAAUAAAAUUUCCACUCCUCUUCAAAAGGAAAGAAAGGAAACUGUUAGAACGAUAACGCCACUUGGAAAAGUUAAGAAAAUUAAUAAAGAUAGACUGAGUAAUAUUUUGAGUAGCGACAGUGCGAAGAAGAGAAAUAGUUUAACGAACUUUUUGAAAGAACUUUAUUAGGUUUAAGUACAGAUGAUGUCGAUGAUGAUGAAGAUGAUAUUGAUGAUGAUGAUGAUGAUGAUGAUAAUGAUGAAAAUGAUGAUUGUGGAAGAUGUGAUUUAUUGUGUAGAAAUAUUUUUCUAUUGUACAAACAGUAACUUUAUAAUUACUUAUAGAUUCUAUAAUUAUAGAUACAUAGAUUCUAUAAUUACAGAUACAGAUAAUUAUACAGAUUUUAUAAUUACAGAAACAUACAGAUUUAAUAAAACUUAUUUGUAAUCAACGAU